AGUUGUAUGUUCAUGUUUCUGCACACUCCGGUUCAGUAGGUGGCGGUAUGCACCUUCGAAAGUUGCGAGCCGCCAUUACACAAUAAAGAAGAAAAAAAAGAAGACGCACUAAGCGGAAGCUUCCGCUUCCAUUUCCGACUGUCGCACUUCCUUGGUUUGCCGCUCGUUCACAUGUGGUUCCGGGUUGAGGUGAGGAGAUUUCCAAUGGUGGUAAAAUGAGCGAAAUAGAAGAACUCAAAGUGUUUGUCUCCGAGCGGCUGUAUGCUGCUGCUUCUGAAAUAUUCGGUGUCGUAGAAAAAACCAUCACGGAUUACGAGGAGAAAGUCACGCGUUUGAAGGAAGAAAACGACCGUAACCGUUCUCUGUUGGACAUCAUCCUCAAAACCAAGUCGCCACAGAAACAAGGAGCUUGUUCUGCCAAAAGUACUACCCCUACCGCUGCAUCAGAUUCAAGUCUUGUUCGCAAGGCCAGAGAUCCCCCCCGCAAUUCCAGUGACUCGCAGUGCUCCUUCAACUCACGCACCGACUUUCUAAAGUUUGCAACAGAUGACGACUGCCGCUACUGCUUGAAGAGAAUUCAAGCCACUGAGACGCAUUUGACGAGAAAACAUUAUUUUUUUGCUGUCCAUUUUACCGAGUGUGGCACUGAUAAAUUUGUUGUACCAUGUACGUGCAAAGACUUGAUCCAGGGCAGAAGUCACUGGCACUGCCCAUAUUGCACAAAGAUCAUUUAUCGGAAAUGUAACUUUGAGGUGCACAUAUCAAAACAACAUGGUUAUCCAAUACUGCAGCAAAGCCAUGACGCAGAGAUGGAUCAGCCCUCAGUCUCUGCCAUUGAGGAGGAUGCUCCCCUGAGUCCUGAACCUUGGUAUCAGCAGGAGCUUGGCAGCCUGGACCAGGAGGACCAACAGACCUCACUGCUGCUUCAAGUUAAAGAAGAAGAAGAAGAGCAAGAAACGUGCAGACAAGUGAGUCAUCCUGAGUGGCUGAACUCGGUGCACGUGAAGAUUGAAGGCGAGCAAAUACAAAAAGAUAACAGUCAAAUGAGUCUGGAGGAACAUCCCGCUCAAGACCAUGAAUCCAGCAUUGUCUGCGCAGACGGUUACAUUCAAGACCUCAGCGUGGAAAGCAGCAAGACACAUCUGCUUCCUAAUUCUUCAAAUCAACCUCUGGAAACGCUGCCUGAUAGUGAAGCUGGUGGAUUAUGCCAGCCCACUGAGGAAUCUCAGCACAUCACACCUCGUACCAGUUUAAAGGAACUCGGUAUCAAGAGGAAAGUGUCUGUGAAAAGAAAAUCAUCUCAUAAAAAGACAUCAACACUGUCUGCCAGUCAGAAUCCCACCGGUCCUCAUUGUUGUAAAGCAUGUGGAAAGACUUUCUAUUACAUAUACACACUGAGGACACACGUGCUAACGCACGCAGGGGAUGCAAUCCAUAUUUGUGGAAUCUGUGGAAAACAUUUAGAGUCUACGGAGAGCUUUGUCCAGCACAUUCAAAGCCACACACAGAGGAAGAAAUGUGGUAUAUGUGGCAAACAAUUUUCGAACUAUUUCCGUCUGAAACGGCACAAGAGAUUUCACAGACCAAAGGGUUUAAAGUUCAAGGCAUCAACUUAAAUAAUGGGUAAAAUCCUACAAAUGUCAUGAAUGCAUCAAAACGAGCUGUGAUACCGAUUGUACAUUAUCGGAGCGAUAUUCAAACCUAGAGCUGGGCUUUACUGUAUAUAACUGUAUUCAUAAACUACUUUGUAGACUCCAAUAAAAACCAUCUUUGAAGUUA